AUGGGUCGGUUCAAGAAGGUGAUAGAAAAGAUCCAAGCCCCCACCGAGCCUGGGCUUUCAACAGCCCAGCUCAUGUUGGUAAAUGACGACCUUCGGCCAGUCGAUCCAGAUCGCCGUCAAUGGAGAUGGCUCAAUUUCGUUGCCUUUUGGAUCGCAGAUUCAUUGAACGUCAAUACCUGGAUGAUUUCGUCCUCCAUGAUAGUCGAUGGCCUAUCCUGGUGGCAAUCGUGGCUAUGUGUCUGGAUUGGGUAUACUAUCGCUGGUCUUUUUGUCUGCCUAAUUGGCCGAAUCGGCGCGAUUUACCGUAUCCCAUUUGCGGUAGCGAAUCGUGCAUCCUUCGGAAUUUGGGGUUCUUUCUGGCCGAUCCUCAAUCGUGCGUCGAUGGCGGUUAUAUGGUAUGGCGUCCAGACAUAUCUUGGAGGUGAAUGUGUCACAUUGAUGAUUCGAUCAAUCUGGCCCAGCUACAAUAAUCUACCAAAUACUAUCCCUGCAGGUGCUGGUGUCACUACUCAGCAGUUCGUGAGCUUUUUCUUAUUCUGGCUAUUCUCACUCCCUGCUCUAUGGUUUCCGAUCUACAAGAUCCGACAUCUCUUCACCGUGAAGGCAUAUUUCUCCCCUGCCUGCGCCAUUGCGUUCUUCGGAUGGGCUAUUGCUCGUGCACAUGGUCUGGGCCCAAUUAUCACCCAGCCUAAUACUGUACAGGGUAGCACUCUCGCAUGGGUGUUUAUCAAAAGUAUUAUGAAUUGUAUCGCCAACUUCGCUGCACUUGUGAUAAAUAACCCUGACUUUGCACGCUACGCUCGAAAACCACAAGAUGCUCUGUUGCCGCAGCUUAUAACAAUUCCGGUCGGCUUUGCUAUAACAUCAUUUAUCGGCAUCAUCGUCUCCUCUUCGUCAACGGUUAUCUUUAAUCAGCCUGUCUGGAAUCCCUUAACUUUGUUAGGGAUGUUCCUAGAAAACGCGACCUCAGCUGAACGUUUUGGUAUCUUCGUUAUUUCUAGUGGCUUUGCCUUGGCUCAGUUAGGAACGAAUAUCGCCGCUAACUCGGUAUCUGCGGGUACAAAUUUGACUGCGCUCCUCCCUCGCUUUUGCACAAUUCGAAGAGGCGGCUAUUUCUGCGCUGCUAUUGGCCUGGCCAUGUGUCCUUGGACUCUGGUUGCAUCUUCGAACAACUUCACUAUUUACCUCUCUGCCUAUUCUGUGUUUUUAUCAUCUAUCGCCGGAGUGAUGAGCAGCGACUAUUAUUUAGUGCGCAAAGGCUAUCUCGAUAUCGAGAAGCUAUACAGUGCACAGAAAGAGGGCCCUUACUACGGUAUUUACGGAGUUUCGUGGCAUGGUUAUGCCGCCUACUUCUGUGGGAUCUUGAUCAACAUCGUUGGGUUUGCAGGCGCCGUUGGUGCAAAGGUUCCUGCAGGUGCUGCAUAUAUCUAUAAUCUCAACUACUUCACUGGAUUCCUAGUCGCCGGGGGAGUCUACUGGAUAUUAGCCAUCCUGUGGCCUCUCCCAUUGACUAGCAAGUCUUGGAACGAAGUCCCUUAUGAAGUGUCGCCUCUAUCUGAUUUGGAGAUGAAGAAAGAGGGACUGGAAGGAGCGGAACACAUGGAGCAUGUAUAA